AUGGACAGGUGGCCUGCACUGUUCAGUGAAAGACAGGUAAUCAUUUAUUUGCUAAUUAUAAACAUGUAAUUUGAAGAAUUUAGAGUCUAUAAGGGUAAUUGUGCAUAGAUUUGAGUUCAGCAGACUUACACACACAAAUAGUGCAAAUACACUAGCACCUCUUACACACAAACACCACUGCAGUCUUAAAAUAAAACAUGAUGACAUAAUCAUUUAAAUAGUAUUUACACAGUGCUAAUAUUAAACAUUUUCUGUCACAUUAUAUAUGCUGUUUGUUUCCUUACUCUUGUCCUUUCUCUUUUUGUCAUCCAUCUGUUUAAGCUGUGUGCCAAAUUCAAGCGUGUCGUUGCCACAGACCUGGUACAGUCAUUUCUUGGUGGACUGGAUGCCUUGGUGCCAAGUCUUGUUGCACACUACAGGGGAGCUGAUCCAACCAAAAUCCAAUCAUGGUAUAACUGUAAAAUUAAAAAAGUAAUAAAUAUAUAUAUGUGGUUGAAUCUUUCAGGUCCACGUGAAAACCCUGGACGUGCUAAUGAAAGGGAUGCUGGUUGGACUUUUAAUUGGACAUGAAGAUGUUAUGCACGAAGCAUUUCCUCGUCAACUCUUCAAUGUGACAGUGGUAGUUGAGGAGACCAUCAUCCUGCAUAACCUCCAAGAUGUACCUACAGUCCUUGCCAUAUUAAUGGCAACCAUCUACUGUCUUAACCUGGAGUACCCUCGUGAGAUGAAGUACUUCUUUGAGUUUUUGCAGAAGGUCAUCAUGAAAAUCCAGCCAGACCAGUGCUAA